UUGUCUGUUGAGAGAAAAGGAAAGGUAUAGAAAAAAGAGAGAGAAAGUCACAAAAAUUGUUAGAGAGAGAAAGUCACCCACUCUAUAUGCCCUUUGAACAAUUAGAUUUCACCCAACAACCAAGAACCUUUCUUCAACCCAUCAAAUUUCUCUUCUUUUUUUCUUUUUGGAAUUCUUGUUUCUUGAUUUUAUUGUUUUAGUCCAUACAUCAAUUUUCUUCCUUUUUGGGGGAUUGAGUUUCUUGUUUCUUGUUCUUGUUAUUAAAUUAAAUAUGGCUUGGAAAAGAUACAUGCUUCAAUCCAAUUCUUUUUGGGUUUUAUCUUGCUGUUGGAAUAUGUGCAAUUUUUGUCCAGUUUAGUUUUUUGCUGCAUUUGAUUUCAGUUUUGGUGAGUAAACUGGUGCCUGAAUUGAAUUUAUUUUUCUGGGUUUCUAAUUUCUUCUGUUCAUGUGCUUUUUAAUUACUUAAUUCAUUUUUUCAGGUUCUGGGUCUUUCUAUUCAUACUGUAUAGGAAUAAAGAUUGGACCUUUUUAUUAAGUUUGGAUCCAAAUUAUUUUUGAGGGUUUUGUUUAGUGCAAAAUAGAAAAAUGUAUAUUGAAGAACUGAAGGAGGAGGAUGGGGAAGUAGUAAACAUGGAGGAGAAGUUUUGUGAUGAUACUUGUGAAGGUCCAUUGGCUGUUUCGGAUGCGAAAAGGGCUUUGGUUGGAGCAGGGGCUCGUGCUCUUUUUUAUCCUACAUUGCUGUAUAAUGUUGUGAGAAACAAGAUUCAGACCGAGUUUCGAUGGUGGGAUAGGGUUGAUGAGUUCAUACUGUUAGGAGCUGUUCCAUUUCCUGCUGAUGUCCCUCGCUUGAAGGCUCUAGGUGUUGCUGGAGUGGUUACGUUGAAUGAAUCAUAUGAGACUUUGGUCUCAACGUCGUUAUAUCUUGAUCAUGACAUCAAUCACUUGGUGAUUCCUACCAGAGACUAUCUUUUUGCACCAUCAGAUGGAGAUAUUGACCGAGCUAUAGAAUUCAUCUACAGUAAUGCAUCUUGUGGUAAGACAACAUACGUACACUGCAAGGCUGGCCGUGGGCGUAGUACAACCAUUGUCCUUUGCUACCUGGUCAAACACAAGGACAUGACACCUGAGGCUGCUUAUGAUUACGUCAGAUCCAUCAGACCAAGGGUGUUGUUGGCCCCCUCUCAGUGGCAGGCUGUUCAAGAAUACUACGCAAGAGUAAAAAAUACUGAUAGUGAUGUUUGUGGAGAUGAUAAUUCAUCGAAAAUGCUCGACUUUCCAGCUCAAAAAGAAGUUGCUGUCUUUGAUGAUGGCUCAGUAGUUCUAGUCUCUGAAUGUGACCUUGAUGGAUAUGAUGAAAGUGUUGAGUCAGAUCUAACACGUAACGAAGUGUUAGUGGAUUUAAAGCUUGCAUGUAGAGGAGUUCAAGUUGCUCGCCAGGCAGCAAUUUCUCGGAUUUCAUACCUCUGGAUUCGCUAUCAUUCAACGAAGAAGCUGGGAAGUAUUGGCGUUGACAUCCAUGUUUAUUGAGAUGCCAUAUAUGUCCUAGGCUAUUGUCUGUUGUCCUUUUUGAUGGUGGUAAUAUUAGAUGUUUCCUCCCUUUUUAACCCCUUUUUCGUGUCUUCUGAGGAGCUACAUCAAAAUUGUUGGAAAUGUAACUUUCAAGUUGGUGAGAAGAGAAGGAUUCAACAAGUGUGCGUAGUUUAAUAAUAUGAAAGUGUUGCGAAAGGGCAUAACUGUAAUCAGUUGAGUUGUCUUUGUAAGGAAAUGCGU